GGCAUCCGCCGUUGGACCGGACAAAGACAAAUUUACAAGGACAUUUUGCAUGGGCGCUUGAGGUUAUAGAUCGAUCAUCAUCCGAUCGCAAUUUCAAGCGCACGGUCCAGGACCAUCCAUUAUAAAAGGGGAACUCCAGAAGGGGCUUGGGUUCCCUCUUGUUAUCACUGCUGGCCAGUUACACCGACCUUUUGCUUACCAUUGCUAAAAAAAGAAAAAUCUCGUCGUCUGUCAUCGGCUCCCUUUCCACUCCAAGUUGCUUGUAAUCCUACUCUUGUCCUACUCCGAUUUUACAUACUCAUCAUUGAUUAUUCACCGUUCCCGCAAUGCGUCUCAAUCCCACAUACCUUUUUCUCGGUCUUGUUUCUGCGGCGUUGUCGAUUUCCUCGACGUGCGCAGUCCCGCUGAAUGUCAGUCCAAGGGACGGUCUAGCUACGAGAGCUCCUGUUCAAGACACAGUUUCUGUCAAUGCUGGUCCAGCCGGCAGUUUAUCUACGAGAACACUCACCCAGGAUACUGAAUCUGUUGAUGCUGUGAUUAGUUUGGCUACCAGAGAAAAUCAUGGAGUCGAUGUUGUCUUCAGCUCCGCAGCUCUGCCUAGAAGUAAAGGCUACGUGCGCAACACAGAGCAAGUAAAAAGAGAAGUGAACAAAGUGGUGAAUGGAUAUUGGAAAAAGAUGGGGCUGUCAGGGGAAGUUAUAACCACCCUGAAGAAUUGUCCUCGAAACGAUUUAGUGGAUGACUUUAUAGUGUCUGGAUCAGGAGUGAAGGGGAAGUCCUUGUUUUUUCGACGGCUGUCGCCGACAUUAUGGGCGCAUGAGGCGACUAUCUGGGAAGUGUAGCUUCCCCAUUACAGGGCUGCGGAAGUGGGUUCAUGGAAGCCUUUGAACAGUCAAUAGCAGUCAAUGUAUAUCAUGUGCAAAUCCUU